CACUAUUUAACGGCCAUAUAUAUACACACGCCUCUGUUUCCCCACCCUACUCAUCUUUCUUCUUCCUCUGCUCCCUCAACUCGUCUUCUUCCUCAUCCCCAACUUCACCAAACCAAACAGCCAUGAAAGAGCUCAUACGUUGCUUCAUCUCCUGCAUCCUCCCUUGCGGCGCUCUCGACGUAAUCCGAAUCGUCCACUCCAACGGCCGUGUCGAAGAGAUCAGCGGCCGCUCAGUCAUCUUCGCCGCCGACAUAAUCAAAGCUUAUCCUAAUCACGUUCUCCGAAAGCCUCCGUCUCCGUCAAACUCCGCGGACGUCUACGACUGCUCCUCAGCACCCCGCCGGGCAGUAACGUUGUCACCCACCGCCGAGCUGAAACGCGGGAAGAUAUACUUUCUGACUCCGGUGUCAGGGGAGAAGGCGGCGGCGAGGGAGGGAGGGGCGAAGAGGCGAAGGAAAAGGGAGAGGAAUUCGGCAGAGAAGGUGGCCGUGGUGGAGAGGGAGAGGAGGAAGGGAAAGGCGGCGGUUUGGAGGCCGAGGCUUGAGAGUAUCUCCGAGCUCUGUACUGAUCUAGAAAAACUUCAGACCACCGCAGGACUCCUGUAUGGAUUUGAUAAUCGACCUAUAUCCCUCAUCGUGGUGGAGAGGGAGAGGAGGAAGGGAAAGGCGGCGGUUUGGAGGCCGAGGCUUGAGAGUAUCUCGGAGCUCUGUACUGAUCUGUAGAUGUACAGUUUCGUUCUGUUUCUUCUUUUUUUCUUAAAAAAAAAUGUCAGGCUGUAAUUUUGUUUUGGGAUUAGUGUUUUUGGGUAAUAUAAUAUAUAUAGCAAUAAUUUUAAUAUAAAUUUUUU